GCUGGUGCAGAGCAAAUCAGGCGACUUAUAUUUAGCCUUGCAAAUGGCGCUCUAUGGAUUAUGUCUUGGGGCUCUCCGGUUUCGUCUUCAGUGCGUUUUGUAGCAUGAAGGGGGGCUGUGGAUCAUGAAGAGGCUGCUAUUCAGGUGAAGAGCAGCUUCACUUCAUGUUCCAGCUCUCCUUCUUCUCAUUUUCCUUCCCCGUUUGCUCUUCUCGACUCUCUCACACUCCAUCUGGGGAGGGAAAAGUGUUUAUGGUCUCGCAUACUUCUUCUGGAGGUGGAGGGCUAUUCAGAGAGUCCGGAAGGCACCAGAGAAGACACGCUUGAGUUGGACUGACAGUUGCAAGGGGGAGUUGAUUGGACAUAUCACAGAUUGUUUCAACGGACUAUACUGAGAUUUGGGAUUAAUCAUGGAUGUACUCGCUUUAGAAGCAAAGACUGGUGGAAAUGGAGAAAACGAGAAGAAGAGUUCAUCGAGGCCAAAGCCAAAACCUCCCAAAAAGGCCAAAAGGAUUGUUUACUUUGAGGUGGAGAUCGUGGAUUUAAAGACUAGAGAGAAGCUGCUGCUGCUGGACAAAGUGGAGCCAACUGCCACUGUUUUGGAUAUUAAAGCUUUGUUUCACAAAUCAUAUCCAAAGUGGUAUCCAGCCAGACAAUCCCUGCGUUUGGAUCCAAAGGGCAAGUGUCUCAGGGAUGAGGACAUUCUGCAGACACUUCCUGUGGGAACCACCGCCAGCUUUUACUUCAGUGACCUCGGAGCCCAGCUCACAUGGGGAACUGUGUUCCUGGCGGAGUGUGUUGGCCCACUGAUCAUCUACUUAAUGUUCUACUUCCACCUUCCCUUCAUCUACUCCCCGAAAUAUGACUUCACCAGCAGCAAGCACUGGGUCGUACACUUGGCUUGCAUGUGUCACUCCUUCCACUACAUCAAGAGGAUCCUGGAGACUCUGUUUGUCCAUCGGAUCUCCCACGGGACCAUGCCUCUCAGAAACAUAUUUAAGAACUGUGGCUAUUACUGGUGCACUGCAGCUUGGAUGGCGUACUACAUCAACCACCCGCUCUACACCACGCCCUUUUACGGGCAGCAGCAGGUGAAUACAGGACUUUACAUUUUCUUGUUCUGUCAAGUAGGGAAUUUUUCCAUCCAUGUUGCUCUUCGAAACCUCAAACCACCAGGUUCAAAAACCAAGAAGAUUCCUUACCCAACAAAAAAUCCCUUCACAUGGAUGUUUUGGCUGGUCUCUUGUCCGAACUACACAUAUGAGGUGGGCUCCUGGAUCGGCUUCACAUUGAUGACCCAGUGUGUGCCUGUGGCUUUCGUCACUAUUGUGGCCUUCAUUCAGAUGGCUGUGUGGGCCAAAGGCAAACACGGCGGCUACGUAAAAGAGUUCAGAGAUUAUCCAACCCUGCGUUGCUCCAUACUGCCCUUCAUCCUGUAGAGCCUGGCGGAGAAAAAAACAACGGUUUCUACCCACAUCCACCCCCUCACUGAUCGGGUCCUUCCAUCUCCAUCUCCAUCCACUGGAUGUCAGGAAGUGUGUGCUGAGGUCAACAGCAUGGAUGGAUUUUGGUCAUGUGGAUUCCAUGUAACAUGUAGUUACAUGUCACUCCAUAACAAGGAGUGGCUUUUACGGUUACUGGUGUGGGACUGGUGAAUGCAGGACUGUUAGAGGCAAAGGAGUUAAAGUCUUAAUUUAAUGUUAUAUGUGAUGUUGAAGAGCUAGAGGUGUUUUGCUACUUUGGUAAGUUGUAACAUGUUUGA